AUGUCUGGCCGUGGUAAAGGAGGCAAAGGAUUGGGAAAAGGAGGUGCUAAACGUCACCGAAAAGUGCUUCGUGACAACAUCCAAGGUAUUACCAAGCCUGCCAUUCGUCGUCUUGCACGCCGUGGCGGUGUCAAGCGUAUUUCUGGUCUGAUCUACGAAGAAACCAGAGGCGUCUUGAAGGUGUUCUUGGAGAACGUAAUCCGUGAUGCUGUCACCUAUACGGAACACGCGAAGCGAAAGACCGUCACAGCUAUGGACGUCGUCUAUGCCUUGAAGCGACAGGGCCGCACACUCUACGGCUUCGGAGGGUAG